CAAACUUUGCUUGCAGAGAGAUCUUCGCAACAACUCGCUCAUUGGCAUAGACUUGGAGAUACUUGAGGCUGGUGAAGUAAACGAGAACUUAACGCUCAAGUGUGUGACUUGCUAACAAUUCUCUGACAAAAACUAUCUUCGCCUGAAGCAAAACAUCGUGAGUCGGAUGCCUCAUGACAUUGAUUUCGAGCUUACAAUGUUUGACACACCUUGUUGUAAGUAGGUCUGACACGGUUUUGUGUCAUGAUUGAUCGAUUUAUACCUGACAGAAUCGCUGGAAAUCAUAUAUGCGAGGCCACAAACAUCGCGGAUAAGUACAAACUGAAGUACCGCUUCGAGCAGGGUAACCGAACGGUAGGAGACCUUGCCAGCGGCGAUUCGGCGGGGUGUGCAAAAAUGCAAUUUUCUCGAGAGGCCCGUGCUUGAAACGUACGGAAAAUAUCCAUGAUUCUUCUCAAAGAAGUAUGAGAUUCAUGAAGCUGAUUCUUAGAUUGUCUCAUCGAGUGCAGUCGAGAGAAGUCUAGCAAUGAUGCCACCGGGUCUGAAGCUUGCCGGAGUGAAAGCAUUCACUUUUUAGGAAACUAAGCAGGCAACAAAUAACUUCCAAGUUGACCGCGUGCUUCGGCGAGGCGGCUGUGGCCAUGUGUACAAAGGCAUUCUUCCGGAUGGAAUGGCGGUCGCCGUGGGGCGAGCCAGUGGAGGCUUUCUCCAGGGUUCAGAGCAAUCUUACACUGAAAUUGAGAUCCUAUCGCGUCUGCACCAUAAGAAUCUCGUAUCUCUAAUUGGCUUCUGUAAUGACCAAGGAGAACAGGUACGGAAACAUUGUUUUACUCUUCAGUGCGAUUUUUUCAGAGCGCUUUAUAAACGUUUCAGGCUCACGCUGGAAUUUCUGGCUGCAAAUGUUGAUCUACAAAUUUUUGCCAAGGGGAAAUCUGCGAGACCACCUGAAACCUAUUGUGAAUUUUGACUACGGAUCAAGAAUACGAAUUGCGCUGGGGACUGCCAAGGCUAUCCUCUACCUUCACACCGAGGAAAAUCUCUUUAUCUUCCUUUGCAGUAUCAAGACGAAUAACAUACCGCUGGACCAGAAUUCGAAUGCAAAGGCCUUCGAUUUUGGUCUGUCCCACCAGAAUCUCCAAAGCACCUGAGUAACAGCGACUCGUCACUCUUCUCUAAGAGAGCCUCGGAACGAUGGCCUCUUAACAGAAGCAGAAGUUUUAUCCCAAACAACUCAUAUUGGACAUCAGACGAAGAAUUUAUGACAAGUCGUUCUCAAGGCCCACUCGGACCACCCAUGAGUAAAGAGUUGCCACCAAGAUGAGCCCACAACGUUACAUGAGGUUAUGUUCUUGCAAUUGUGUGAACAUUUUGAUGUACAUCAGGUGACAUUAUCUAUCGUUGCACGCUUUCAAGCAUUUGUUACUUCACGCAACAUUAAAGCAAAGAUCCGAGAAGGUAUAUGUCUCUAAAUGAAUGUAAACACAUGGACAUUCUUUGUUA